CGCCGCGGAUAUUUGAAAAAAGAUGGCGGAAGUGAGCGCUGUGCUGCAGCGGUGUGAUCCCUCUCUCUUGUCUCUCUGUGGAGACUCUGAGCAGCCGGACUGUGUCGAGGCGUCCAAGAUGUUCCUCUACCUCACGGACAGUCGGCGGCUCCAGAAGGUUCUGCUGCGUCAGCUCUUCGUUCUGGACUCGAUGACGUCGCUGCUGGAGGAUCUGCAGUCGGCCCAGCAGCUGCUGACCCUGGCCUGCCCCCCCCAGCCUGACGGCGGGGCUCGCAGCAGGUGGAAGGCUCUGAAGGUGGAGUGCAGACAGGAAGUGGAGGAGACGGAGACGCUGCUCAGAUCUCUGCAGGAACGAAUCCAACGAAUCACAGAGAGACGACACACACUGACACAGCUGAUCCACCAGCUGACCAGCAAGAAGCAUCUAUUUGAACAUGUGGAGGAGUCUCUGCAGAAGGCCCAUAAUGCAUUGCAGCUGUGUGACGGUCAGCUGACCCAGCUGAGGGCGGAGUCUGAAGCGGCUCUGGGCCACCUGAUUGGCUGGCAGCGUCUCCGAGAUGAGCUGCAGGUGUCGGUUGCCACGGCGCAGGACGUCAUGCACAUCAAGCUGCUGUCCUUCAACCAAUCAGAGCUGAGCGUGGAGCUGAGGACCCGCCCCUCCUCCGAUCACAACGAGUCGUCCAAUGAGCUCGAGCCACUGAAGCUGUCCGUCACCUGGCGCCAUGACGACCACUUCAGACUGCAGGUGUUGGACGGGGCAGGUGUGGUAGAGGACAGUGUAUCAGGCCGGCGGUGUGAGUUGAGCGCCGCCCUGCUGGACGUGAUGCAGCUCUACGUCGGUCAGGCCGACCUGCUGACUGAGAUCCAGACGCUCAGGUCCAGUUUUGCUAUAGACUGGCGUCCUGCUCAGCGUCUCCUCGUCUACCUGAAGACGGCGUCUCUCGUGUGUCACCUGGAGGUGGAGGACGGUUACCCGGGCAACGGGCGAGCUCGCCUGCUGUCGGUCUGCCGAAACGGAGAAACUGUCGACACGUCUGGACUGAAGCCUCAGAAAACGGACCCGCGGCUCACUGACUGGCUGCUUCUCCUCCACAGCAGCCCGCUCAUCUGACCCUCAC